GCGAUCUCCAAGAGAGCAGCAGGUUUCAGACAGUUCAGUUGAAUUUAAAUACACUGCUUUAAUGUGCCCAUUAGGGAACAUGUUGUUGUUUUACAAAAUCUGAGAACAUUACUUCUUAGAUAUUAGAUUGAGUAGUCUCAAGGGAAAAUGUUCCCCCGACAUUAAAAGUUGUUGGUCUCCGGCUGCCAUGUGAUCUCUCAGCCGAACCCAGCCAGAAUGUCAACCGUCAUAUGUAACCCGUUUCCCGAGUUGGCCUCAGAGUUUUCCAGCUGGAGUUUACCACUGAAACAGGGAGAAUCAGCGGGGGGCAACAUGCGCUCCUUAGCCGGACUGGCUGCCAUCUUGACGGCGGCGACUGUCUACCUCUACCUGCUGUCGACUCAUCUUCCCCCGCGACCCAUGCACGUCGAGCCGGGCUCCGAGGGGGAGGACGGGGAAGUCCAAGAGUACAGGCUGAAGUUCCCUUCUGACCUGGAUGAGCUACGAGAGCUUGCGGAGACGCUCAAAUUUUACAAAAGAGAACAUCAUGGCUACGUCCUGUUGCUGUUCUGCAGCGCCUACCUCUACAAACAGUCCUUUGCUAUCCCUGGUUCCUCCUUUCUGAACAUGCUGGCUGGUGCGAUAUUUGGGCCUUGGGAGGGUCUGGUGUUGGCAUGCUUCCUCACCACGUCAGGCUCCACAUUCUGCUUCCUGCUCUCAUCAGCAUUUGGAAAACAGUAUGUGGUUCAGGUCUUCCCUGAAAAGGUGGCCAUGCUGCAGAGGAAGGUGGAGGAAAAUCGUAGCAGUUUGUUCUUCUUCCUUCUUUUCCUUCGUUUCUUCCCUAUGACACCUAACUGGUUCCUUAACAUCACCUGUCCUGUCCUCAACAUCCCUAUGCCUAUUUUCUUCUUCUCUGUGUUCAUAGGUUUGAUCCCCUACAAUUUCAUUUGUGUCCGCACGGGCUCCAUCCUCUCUGAGAUCUCCUCCCUGGAUGAUAUCUUCUCCUGGGGGACGCUGGCCCAGCUCCUGGCCAUCGCCGUCAUGGCUCUCGUCCCCGGAGCACUGAUCAAACAUUACAGCAAAGCUCACCUAAAGGUGGAUGGUAUGGACAGUAACGGGCCCAGCCAGGUAGAUCUCAAUCACCGAAAGAGACAAUGAUUGUGGGAAGAGGAAGCAUUUUUUUCAGGUGGCCAUUUGACUGUUUGCCAUAUUCAACCUGUAAGGACACACUGGAGACUUCUCAUAUGGAAAGUGCCAUCUGUUUGUUUAGGUCAUGCAGCACCAGACUAAACACUAGUUUCCUUUCUCAAUGUUGGGACAGAGUUUAAGGGAAAUGUUUUGAGAGGGAUGUUUAAGGCUCCUGGAUUUUCAGUGAUAUGUCUUAAAAUUUUAGGCCUCAUAGUUGCUCCUGAAAAUGCUCAAGAGUUGAUAUCCUGAGGGCAAAACAGUUUUUAUUCAGCCUUUAUUUGACCAGAAAUAUUCCUAUUGAGAUGGGAACUUUCUUUUCCAAGCAGGUCCUGACUGUAGCAUGAAGUUUCGUACAAAGAGACUUCAUCCAUCAGCCUAUAACAAUCAUGAAUGAAAUAAACAAUAAAUUGGCAUUAUUAAAAUCUCCUGCUAAUAAAAUGCUCUACUUUAAAGUGAGCCUGUUGCUCAGACCAAGGUGAGGAGCAGAAACUGUCAGUGUGAGCAUCUUAAGAUCAGUUUAAUGAUGUUGAAAUAACACUUUAAAUUAACAUGUCAACACCGAGGCAGCACUCAUACCCAUAAAUAUGAAAAUACUCCAAGCAACAAAAUUUGUAUCACUAAGUUAUUGUGGGAAAACUUUUUGACAGAUUUGACUGUUGUGAUCUUAGUGAGACAUUCUGACUGCUGUCACACACUCUUCAUCCCAGAGCCAUCAGGGCUUCUUUUCAGUAGUCAGUUGUGCAUCAUAUGUCUUUCCGAGCCCAACAUGACAGUAGCGGUAAAUCCAACCUGUAUUUUUGGUGUGCUGCCAUUUUUGCCAAGUUAUCACCAGUGCUUUAUAGCAUUUUUGUGUAAUAAAGGAGCUUAGAGUUGUUCAGGAAGCCUCACUCCGUGUAGCUGUGAAGAAACUGUUCUGGCUUAGAGUCACUGGAUGUCUUCACAAAUCUUCAUGUUCCCUUUAUUCUUGGAUGGUUUUUCCAGUCUGCUGAACAGACUGUUAACCAGCUAGACAAUCAUUUUUCUUUUCUUAUGUUUACUCAGUAACUCAGUUUGCUACCAUUACUUAUUCAGGGUCUGCAUGCAGUUAAUUGUUUUUUAACAAAUUAGGACUUGUAAAUGUCUAAAGAUUGAGACUUAAAGCACUUCAACGUGUGCCUUUCUGUAGCUGAGGCUGUAUUCACAAAGGGGUUUAUACUGUAGCUUUUUAGAUCCACAGUAGAGCUUCUAAUGAUGGCCGCUGUUGGCUAUGAUUUUAACUGUAACAUUCAGAGGGCAGUGUCAAUGACAGAUGUAGCCUCAUUUUAAGUUACACUUCAAUAAGUCUUUGACCCAAAGACAAAAUUAUGAUGAGAUCACAUAUACCAAGUGUGGCCUUUUAAUGCAGUGAUGUUGCACCUUGUCUCUUCUGCUAUCAGUUUAACUGAUUUAAUAUGGAAGUUUAGUAGUUAAUAAUUUUAUUUUCUAUGCAGCAACUAUCACCAAUAUCUUAUGACACCUGUCAGUCAAACCUUCUCUUAAAGAUCCUGUGAACUACUUUCAAGUUUUUGGAAAGCAGAGAUUUUAUAGAGAAUAGGUGUAAACAGUAGCCUCCCAUUUAAUCACUUUACUUAAAGGUGACAUGGCAUCUAAAAUGUAAAAAAAUUGUAACAAGGUGGUUUGUAUAACAUCAUUCAAAUCCCAUAAAGACAACAUUUCAAAUGUUGAAACUCAGAAUUUUUCCUGAUUUGUUUAAAAUUGUGCGCUGGUUUUAAAUUGAUGCUAGCAGCUUGCAUUUUCAAAAUUAUAACUGUUGAAAUGAACGCCUGGUGCAUCACCUCAAAAUUCACCUCAAAUUCUUUAUUCACAUUUUAGUGUCCAGCUCUUAGUUUAUAGGAUGUAAAAAAACACAAGCAGAAGAAACUUAUACAUUUGUUCUGACUUCAGGCAGUCUGCCACAGAUUGUCCUGAAUUCACAAGUGAUUUAUAGACAUGUUUUUUAAUGUACAAGAUAAAAAUAUACCUUAAUUAUCAUUGCCAUGUCUUCAUUUUUAGAUGUCAUAUUAUUAAAGGUUGAAAGCAAUGCAGAGUUUUGGAGCUUUAAGGAAAAGAGUCACAUUUUAAUGGCAGCACAGCUGCCCUCAUUACAAUGAGAACCUUGCUGAGAGUUGCCAUGAA